AUGUUCUGUCAUUGUUGUGCUCCGGAUGACAAGGAGAAUGGCCUCGAACUGGCUCCAGAAUUGAAGACAACACCAAAAGCCUAUGGCACGCUUGCUGACGAAGUUCAGGAGCCAAGCGGGCGUUUCGUCGCGGUCCUUACAACUGAAGCUGCAUCUUUUGGCGUUUCAGUGGACCGGUCAAACACGGCUUGUGUGAUUGUCCGAGAUGUCACAGGAGGCGCAGCGGCCGCAUGGAAUGAAGGCAAUCCUAAUCACAAGAUUCAACCGUUUGAUCAGAUAGUGGAGAUAAAUGGUGCACCCUGUACGGCAGAGGAUAUUGCCAGCAGGCUUGAGGACAGAGAAGCGAAGGAAGUGCGCUUAACCAUCAGCCGGCCCCAAGAAAGAACAGUGGUGCUGCGAAAGCCAGGUCGCUUGGGCAUAGAUGUCAACUACCGCAAGACGUCGGUGAAGCCGUGGAUUGCGUCUGUCGGCAGUGGCCUUGUUGCUGACUGGAACAGAAACAAGCCAGAACUGGCCAUCGUGCCCCACGAUCGCAUCAUGUCCGUGAAUGGACAUUCCGGGGCUACAGACACGCUGUUGGAGAAGCUCCGAAGUUCAGACGACACCAUGAUCCUGACUGUGAUGCACUACGAAGCAUAA